AUGGGUGGAAUCGUGAGUCGAAUCUGGUGGGGUGGCGAUCCGGAUGUUGUUGAUGCCUACUCUGGUUUAUCUAACCGAGACACAUACAUAGUGCAAAAAACUUGGGCAUUAGUGUAUUGCAAUGCAGCUGAAAAUGGCAUAGAACUAUUCAAAAGACUAUUUCAUGCGAAUCCAGAAACGAAAUACUUUUUUGUAACCUUUCGAAAUCUCAGUGAUGAAGAAUUGGAUAAAAGUCACCAGUUCAGGGCUCACGUCAUCAAUUUGAUGUCGUCUUUAAACCUGGCGAUCACCAAUCUUCACCAGCCCGAAGUGUCCGCCGCGCUGAUGAAUAAGUUGGGAGUAUCUCAUGGAAAGAGAGGCAUACGAGAAGAACACUUUCUGAGCCUCAAACAUGUGAUGGUGGACAUGCUCAGUAGCCUUCUAGGGCUUGACGAGUCGGCACUUAUGUCUUGGAAUAAGACAAUAGAUUUUAUAUACAAACAUAUAUUUGAAACUUUACAUUGA